AUGGCUGCACAGCAGGCUUUCCCGCCCGGAAUGGGUCCUGGCCAUCCGAUGGCAGCUGGUCAUCCAAUGGCCGCGAUGCAGCAUCCUGGUGGACACAUGGGCGGUCAUCCUCCUGGUAUGAUGCAGGCCAUGCAUCCAGGUGUAUCUGGACCACAGGGAACGCCUGGUCCCAUGAAUCAACCUCCAUCCCAACCCACACCUCAACCUCAGCCAACCCCAAGUCAGACACCCGUUCCUCAAAACAAAGCCCCUCCCUCGCAACCUCCUGCUGCGGCGAAUCAACAAACGCCGCAACAAGCACCUCCACAGAAUCAGACCACUCCGCAAGUCAAGCAAGGCGACGGUGAAGACGAGGCUCAAAUGAAGCAACAAGACCCUGCCACCGGCCUCGGGAUGCAAGAUCUGUCGAAGGACCAGCUGUUCCCUGGGCAGUCUAUUCUCCAACUGAUCAUGUUUCAAGACUCGUUAGCAUCACCUCAAAGACCAAUGGACAUCGAAUGGUGGAACGAAGUCAUUGCGAAGCAUUUCUCGCCGAUCGGGACACUCAAGAUGCAGUUGUACAAUACGAGAAACGGCCAAGACAAGUCAUACCUGCUUCAAGCUGCGUCUUUAGCUCGCUUCUACCACGCGCACUUCGUCGGCGGAGUCCAGCAGAUACAGCUCACUUCUUUUGACCACUCGCAGCAAAAGCAAGCCAAUGGCCAGGUCUUUGUGCAGUGCUCAUCAGCUUCCUUGAUGUACGUCUUCGCAAACGACAUCCGCGUGAGCACCUCGGGCUCCAUGAUGGUGUUGUUCGACGAAUUCAACAAGAUAGUCAAGCUUGAUCUGAUAACAGCGGGUUGGCAAGAGUUCAUUCCUCGAUCGAUGGCGUCUACGGCGCUGGCGGCACAACGGUCGCCGCAACAGAAUAUUAAGCAGAGUCCCAAGGCAUCCAACAAAAACGUGAAAAAAGUGCAGCAGCAAGAGCAAGCCGAGGCGUCUGAGGUGACUUUGCAGUCGUCUGGUGUGUGCGAGUGGGGCAUACCAACACGUGUGUUGCGAUUUCUUGAGUUCUCAUCUCCCGGAAUGGCCCACCUGGGCCUGCCUCAAUCGCAAGGCUCGCCACACCUCGGAGGACCGGUUCAUACGCCCUCACCGGCUCAGAACGCCCAGGGCGGCGUGCCCAUGAUGCACCAGAUGAGUGCACAGGGCAGUAACCUGAGUGGCAGCCAAGGUCCAAGUACCAAUACAUCUCCAAAUGUAAGCAACAAAAGGAGGAGACCGAGUACGGUGAAAGUGGAAGACGACAAUGCCAGUGCUAACCAAGACGGCAAUCAGUCAAAGGUCAAACCUAGUCCACGAAUCGGCGGAAAACGUCAGAAAGCCUCUUAG